AUGCUCACGCUCUCUCUCCUGAGCCGGGGACAUGGGAAGUUGGUCCAGAACAAACAGAAGUUAGAAGUCUAUCUGGAACCAGAGGAUUACUUGAACUGGAAGUCCCCAGAAGAUUAUGUACUGGUCGAAAAGCCUCGGGCUGAGGACAAUGCCGACCAGCACUCCUGGAGCCUCUUUCUCCCUAAAACUUUCAGCACUAGGAAGGGCGCCUUGAUCCUCUAUUCAGAAGGUUUGGCCGUGUCAGCAUGGACACCUGAAGAGAGGAGAAAAGGCUCCUACCGCUCCAAAGGUCAUGGGAGGAGGCUGCACACAGUUCAAGACCUCAAAGAAGCCAUCCUGGCAUAUGGAAGGAAACAGAGGGAGCAGGACAGAGCCUGGCAACCGUACCUCUACUUCCGAAGCCAGCUGGAGAGCCAGGCCCACCGGCAGAUCCAGCCUGGGUAUUCAGCCAAGAGAUACCUCCGAGGCCUCUUGCAGACGUGGCCCCCUGACACCAUGUACAGGCUCCAACGUGCAGGAUACAUCAAGGAUUCUGUGCUGCUCCAGGACAGUCAACUCAAUGUACCAAAGAAUCUCAGGCCACAACAGGAUCUUUCAGGUGUACCCCCAAAAUACCAUCUCCUGCCUGUCUUCCCUCCAUUUUGGAUUCAACAAGGAAAAUCUUUUGAUCAAGGUCAACAGGGCCCAGAUGAAGGGGAAGCUGGGGCUGGUGGACACGUGGACCAGGGCCCUGUAGCCAAGAACUGCAGCAGUGAGGGGAGUCACUUGCGGCCACUCAGGAAGCAGCCCUGGCAGGAAGAUGAAACCAGGGCAGAGGACACGGCAAUAGAGAAUCACCUGCGUGUCUAUGCUUCAAAGGAAGGCCACAAUGAAAAGACACACAAAACCUCCAGGAAGUCCUUUGGGCAUGCCCACAUCGAUCCUCCUUGGCUCCUGAGUGACAAAUCUCACGUUACAUUCUACGGAAGUGCCUUCCCCAAUAGGAAGGCAGAUUUUAGUGACAAACCAAGGACUAUGAAACUCCACGAGGCCAGAAGUGGCCACUUGUUACGGGAGCCUCCUGCUGAAAGAUGCCUUUUCCCUUCUGUAGCCUCUGCUACUGGCUCAGAGAAAAACACCCCUGGGGAUGUGAAAAAGAAAAAGGCACCAAAGGCUUUGAAAUUACCUUCUAUCUCAGAAGAACCACCCAGAGUCCUGGACCACCUGAGGAGCCAAUUUAAAGCCAAUGAGCCCCCAACAGAGCUCUUCAUAGUCCCAGUGGAGAUUCAUUUCCACACCCAACAUCCCCCAAGAGAAAAAGCCUGCAGAAGAGGUGCUGCAUACCCUGAGUCAGACCCAGAAACAGAAGAAGAGGCCAGGCCUUUAUGGAGGCCUCCCCUGAAGCAUGUGUCAUUGGAAAGGCCACGGGAGUUAACAGUGCAUCUCCCAGUGGACACAGGAAGGGACAGGGACAACUUCCCGCCUCAAGGUAGCUCCUCCUUCCUUUCCACAUCCCUCAGGAAUCUCUCUCGGAAGGGAAGCAAGGCAAGACAUGCAAGGGUCCUCAGCCAAGAAAAAGGAGGCUGGAAGGGAGAUGAUGAUGCCCCACCCCAGAAUGUGGCCCUACCACUGGGUCUUCUACCCCCAAUAAAAGGGAGAAAAAGUCCAGAGAGCCAGAGGGACCUGGACGGGGGCCCCAGGACAUCAGGCUGCAGCAGCCCUCCAGGUCCCCCGAAUGCAAGAACGCCCAGGAGGGCACCGCCAGCAGGACAAGAAGAUUCCAGAGACCCCACACUGCGACACUUCUUGCCGGGUCCAGCUGGAGAGAACAUCUGCCUGUCCCUCCCAGGGCCUACCCAAACCGAGGUGCUUUCGUCAGGUGAAGCCUAUGAAUCUGUCAAUUCAAAUAGCAGCCAUGAAGUAGAAGGGUCCAGCAUUCAGCAUCUCCUAAAAGCAAACACUGAAUCCAGAACCAACCUUCACAUGAAUCUUCAUGAAACCUCACCUUCGACCCAAACAACAGAGAAGCAGGGAACCCAGCAGUCCUUGGAGGCAGCAGCUCAGAAGACAGGAGAGCCUCAAAGUUGUAUAAAUAAAGGGCUGAUAUGUUCAAACGGAAAAGAAUUUUACACGCGCAAGCUGCACAUCGACAUGACGCCGUUCCUGAAGGACAGUGGAGAUGCACUGGACUAUCAUGAAGAACCAGGCGAAGCCCCCAGAGAAAGUCAUCAAGACAGCCAAGACCCAGAGCCAAGAAGUACGAGUCUUGACUCCCGCCGUGCUCCCCCGGCUGAGCACAUCCAGACCGCUGAGGCAGAUACCGUGCAAAAGGUGGGCAGAGAUUAUGAUGUACAUCACCUGCACAGAAGACUUCCAGGACUUGGGCCCGAGUCACCAGAGAGGUUAGGUGCUGUGGAUACAUCUCUUCUUCAGAGAGAAAGAGGAGGGAAGGCUGAACCAAGACUGUUCAGCCAGCAGACAUCAGCCAACAUCAGUCAUGAAAGGGAGUUGAUUGACAAAGCCAAGGGAAAGAAAAGAACAAAGACAGACAAGAUCAAAGCACCCAAAAGGGAGCGAGAAAGACAGGUCUUCAGGGAAGCAGAGGCUGCUUUCGGAAAGUCAAAGGACUCAAAGGCUAAAAAAAAAUUAGGAAAAAAAACAGGAGCCAAAAGGAAAAGGAAUCUGGAGACAGCAGCAGAGCUGAGUGGGCCUGAUGUCAUUAACUCUAUGGAAACAUUAGACACCUCAGUUAGAGGAUUCUCCCCUUCAGACUCUAUUGUAGAGGACCCUUGUCUUUCUUCCAAAUAUGAUGCUCAGGAGAGCCAAGUCGCUAUAGAUGAAAGAUCAUCACCCUCCCAGACUGUAACUGUCACUGGCAACAUGGAAUCUGAAGAAGAGAGAAGCUGUGACGACCCUUCCAAGGCCCUCUUCUCUAAGAGGGAGCAGAAGGCUUCCCGGGACAGGCUUCGAGCAGAGAGGGCCAAGAUGAGGAGGUUGGAAGUGGAGAGGAAAAGAAGGGAGCAGGAAGAGCAGAAGCGGCUUCAGCAGGAGCAGCUGGAGAGAGCAAAGAAGAUGGAGGAGGAGCUGGAGCUGGAGCAGCAGAGACGUGCAGAGGAGAUCCGCUUGAGGAAACAGAGACUGGAAGAAGAACGGCAGUGGCAGGAGGAGGAGGAGAGAAAGCAGCAGUUCCAGUUGCAAGCAGCCCAGGAGAGAGCCCGGCAGCAGCAAGAGGAGUUUCGUAGGAAACUGCAAGAACUACAGAGGAAGAAGCAGCAAGAAGAAGCUGAGAGGGCUGAGGCAGAGAAACAAAGGCAGAAAGAAUUGGAAAUACAGUUAGCAGAAGAACAAAAACACCUGAUGGAAAUGGCUGAAGAGGAACGACUAGAGUACCUACGGCAGAAACAGGAAGCAGAAGAGAAGGCUAGGCUGGAGGCAGAGGAGAGGAGGCUAAAGGAAGAGGAAGCAGCAAGGCUGGCCCUGGAGGAAGCCAUGAAACAAGUCCAGGAACGAGCCAGGUACUGA